AUCAUGGCAUCAACAAAGAAGAUCAAUCUCAAGAGUCGUGAUGGUGAUAUUUUUGAAGUGGACGAAGCAGUAGCGUUGGAAUCACAAAUGAUCAAGCAUAUGAUCGAGGAUGAUUGCGCCGAUGAAACCGGAAUCCCUCUCCCAAAUGUGACCAGCAAGAUUCUGGCAACGGUGAUUGAGUACUGCAAGAAGCAUGUUGAGGCUAAGAAUUCUGAAGAAAAUUCUGAAGAAAAACCUGCUAAAGAUAAUGGUCUCAAGGCUUGGGAUGCUGAAUUCGUCAAGGUUGAUCAAGUCACACUGUUUGAACUCAUAUUGGCUGCAAACUAUUUGGACAUCAAGAGUCUGUUAGAUCUUACAUGCCAGGCUACUGCAGACAUGAUGGUCGAUAAGAGUAUUGAGGAGAUCCGCAAGAUGUUUAAUAUUGAGAAUGACUUCACAAAAGAGGAAGAGGAAGCAGUUCGCCUCGAAAAUCAAUGGGCUUUUGAAUGAUUACAUAUUUACUUUGAAGAUUUCAUUAGACAUAGAGUGAUAAGCUUUCAUAUAUAUGCUUAGUAUUUGUUUUUCUUUCAGAAUUAUAUUUAUAUUUUUCAGUCUGAUUUAAUGUUUCUCUGAUAUUUAUAUCCAUGUUGU